UACCUACUUUAAUAACGGGCGUUAAUAGUUUGUUUAUAAAUUUUGAAAACUAUAUCAAAAUUGAAGGGUUUUCUUGCGUAUAAAAAAUUGCUAUUGUCGUACGUCACGCCAGUCAUAUUAUAACCUCGACACGAUGUCCAUGGAAAAUAACGGCGUGAAACCGAUAUUUCGCGAAUUAAAAGCAGAUGAUCCUGAACCAGAAACUACCGCAAUCGAAAGUCUGUGUAUGAACUGCGCAAAAAAUGGUGUCACAAGAAUAUUUCUCACUAAAAUUCCUUUUUACAAGGAUAUUAUGUUAAUGUCAUUCGAGUGUAAACAUUGUGGUUACCAGAACAACGAGGUACAGAAUGCAGGCAAAAUUGAAGAAAAAGGUGUCAAAAUCACACUAACGAUUGCCUCAAAAGCCGAUUUGAAUCGACAAAUUGUGAAAUCUGACUAUACCAGUGUUUGCAUACCACAUUUGGACUUUGAAAUACCUUCUCAAUCUCAAAAAGGAGAAGUGACCACAGUGGAAGGUAUCAUUGACCGUAGUAUUGCUGGGUUGGAACAAGAUCAAGAUAGGCGUAGAGUUGAAGCUUCAGAAACUGCUGAACAGAUAGACCAGUUUAUAAAUAAAUUGAAGGCACUUAAAGAGGUUGAAGAAACGUAUACGAUAAUUUUUGAGGAUGUGUCUGGUAAUACAAGUGUUCAAAAUCCAAGAGCACCUCAAAAAGAUGAAGGGUGCAAGGUGCACUAUUUUAAAAGAACAACACAACAGAAUCACAUCUUGGGCAUUUAUGAGGAAAAUGAAGAUACACUCUUGCAGCCAAUUAACGAGGAGGAGUAUUCUUUGGAAGAAAUCGAGGGAGAAGUUAUGACUUUCCCAACAAAUUGUCCAGAAUGUAACAGUCCUUGUCAAACAAAUAUGAAAAUGACUAAAAUUCCUUAUUUUAAGGAAGUGGUCAUCAUGGCGACAGUUUGCGACGUUUGUGGACACAAAACCAAUGAGGUGAAGAGUGGUAGUGGCAUUGAACCACAAGGUGUUAAAAUAGAAAUCACAGUAACUGGCAAAGAAGAUUUUAGCAGAGAUCUGUUGAAAUCCGAGACCUGUUACAUGAAAGUGCCUGAACUAGAUUUGGAAGUGGGGCCAAUGACGUUAGGUGGACGUUUUAGCACAGUCGAAGGAAUCAUAAGUGCAGUCAGAGAUCAGCUAGCCAAUUCAACUGCCUUGACAGGAGACAGUGUUGACCCAGAAAUAGCUACAAAGAUGAAAAACUUCAUUGACCAACUUGAUCAAGUUUUACAAGGAAAAAAGCAGGUUACUCUGGUUCUUGAUGAUCCAGCUGGAAAUAGUUAUAUACAGAGUUUGACGGAUAAUGGAACUGAUGACAGAUUGAAAAUAACGAAAUACGAGCGUACUUUUGAACAGAACGACGAACUUGGACUUAAUGACAUGAAAGUUGAGAAUUAUUAGA